UGACCAGAAACCAAAUAAUUUCUUUAUACAGAACAAUGUUGGCUUUUUCUUUCUUUAAUUAUUUUUGGUAAUAGGAUCUCUAUAGGACCAGUGAAGUAGUGGGUAGUAACUUUUAUUAUUUUGGCAUUGUUCACUGACAAAAAAAACUGCCAAAAUGAACUUGAAUUUCAAUGCCCUGAGAAGAACAAAAGGUUAAAAAAAGAACCCUCGAAUAAAAGGAACAAGUUGUUCUGCAAAAACUUCCUUAAAACAAUAUUCUUAAAUCUCCAGCUAUUAAUCCCAUUAACAACAUCAUUUUCCAAUCUCACGGGUCCACACGCUCCAACUCUUCAUGACAUGUUACUUCUUCUUAUUUUACUCACUCACUUUCCCUUCAAUCUAAUUCUUUUCAUCUUCCUGCCUCUUUAAGCUUUUUUUUUUUUUUUUUUUUACUUUGCAGAAUCCCUCUCUGUCUCUCUCUAAAUGAAGAAGAAGAAAACAGAAACCUGCAUUGCCUCACAAACCCAAUCUUCUUAAAUGACACUUCCAUUUACAACUACUUCAUCAUUCAUCAUCACCAUCUUCAUAUCUUUGUUUCUUGUCCAUUCAGUGGUCAACGGGCUCGGUUUAGCCUCCACAGUUGCUCUCACAUAUGAAAGAGCCACUUUGUGCGGCAUUGUGGCCGGCCAACCCACUCAAAGAAUCCAAUGCUACCAAAACAACAGAACCAUUUCAGUCUUGCCCAAUGUUUCUUUCCAAGCCAUCUCUGGUGGCCGGAGGUUCUUCUGUGGCCUUAGGUCUGGUGGGUUUAUCCUCCAUUGCUGGGAUACCUCCUUCUCUAACUCAAGCUUUCAACCUAAACGUAUUUAUCAUAGUCGCACUGUUGGGUUGACUGAUCUAACGGUUGGGGAUGUUCAAGUUUGUGCUAGGGAGAUUAACACAGGCAUAGUUAGAUGCUGGAGAGGACGACGGGCAAGAGGGUCUCUAUUUCCUUCACCUGGGGAGGCAUUGAUGUUCAGGACUAUCACUUCUGGGAGUGGAUUUACAUGUGGGAUUUUGAGUGAGGAUCAUAGAGUUGUGUGUUGGGGACAGAGCCUUUUUGGAGCAGAGAUUCAAAAUGGGUUUGCGAAUUUGGCAAUGAUAAGUUUAGUUGCUGGAGAAUCCCAUGCUUGUGGGUUAACCAAGAAUGGGACUUUGGUUUGCAGAGGAAACAAUGUUUCUGGGCAGUUAAAUGUACCUUCAAAUUCAGCUUUUGAAUAUUCAAGCCUUGCAUUGGGAGCCAAUUUUACUUGUGCUCUCAAGGAAACAAAUCGACUGGUUGUUUGUUGGGGAGAAAGAAACAUACUCGAACUUCAUAGGGAAGUAAUUGGAAAUCUCUCAUUCGAGUUGAUAGUAGCUGGUUUGGAUUUUGUAUGUGGGUUGAUGACGAGUAAUUUAUCCAUAAUUUGUUGGGGACCCGGGUGGUCCAAUUCCGAAAAUGAUCUUCCCCUUGGAAUGAUUCUACCAGGUCCAUGUGUUCAAUCAUCAUGUAGCACCUGUGGUACUUACCCAGAUUCACAGAUUCUCUGCCGUUCCUCAAAAAACAUCUGCAAAUCAUGCCAGAUUGAGCUUCCAAUUGCUGUGCCAUGGCAAACUCCAAUCCCAUCACCACAGCCAAAAGCCAUGAACAAGCUUUGCUUGGUGUUUCUGAUUGUUGGAUCUGUUGGAGCUUUUGCAGGCUUAUGCAGCAUUGUUUUUUGGCUAUGGGAAAGAGGAAUACUCUUUUCCUGUAGUUUUUUUACUUUGCAACAUGACAGAGAUUCAGCUGUUAGGACUGACAAUGCUUCCACAGCCCGACCUCCUAGUAAGGGCCAGGUGAGUAGGUCAUUGUCAUCAUCAAAGCAUGCAGAAAAGACAGAAACAUUUUCUCUAUCAGAACUCGCUGCUUCCACCAACAACUUCUCACCCCAAAACAAGAUUGGCUCUGGGAGUUUUGGCGUUGUCUACAAAGGCAAGCUCUUGGAUGGCAGAGAAGUGGCAAUCAAGAGAGGAGAAGCCAGCACCAAGAUGUCUAAAUUCCAUGAGAAAGAGACCGCUUUCGAUUCAGAACUAUCAUCGUUAUCUCGGCUCAACCACAAAAACCUGGUGGCCCUUCUUGGUUUCUGCCACGAAAACGAUGAGAGGCUCUUGGUCUACGAAUUCAUGAGCAAUGGUUCCCUCCAUGAUCACCUACACAGCAAGAACAACACAGAGAAAAGCAGCAGCAUUUUGAAUUCAUGGCAAAUGAGGAUCAAAAUCGCCUUGGACGCUGCGAGAGGAAUCGAAUAUCUUCACAAUUAUGCAGUCCCACCCAUAAUUCACAGAGACAUCAAAUCCUCAAACAUACUCUUGGAUUCAAAAUGGACCGCCAGGGUCUCUGAUUUUGGUUUAUCGCUACUGGGUCCUGAACCCCACGAAGAAUCCGUUUCAACCAAAGCGGUUGGCACAGUUGGGUAUAUAGAUCCAGAGUACUACGCAUUGAACGAAUUGACGACGAAAAGCGAUGUGUACGGUCUGGGUGUGGUGAUGUUGGAGCUUUUAACAGGAAAGAGAGCGGUGUUCAAGAUCGAAGAAGAAGAAGAUGAAGGAGAUGGGAUUGGUCCGAUGAGUGUUGUGGAAUACGCGCUGCCAAAGUUACGGGCCGGCGAGUUGCAGAGCGUUUUGGACAAAAGGGUUGGGCCACCAGGAGGGAAGGAGGUCGAAGCAGUUGAGCUGAUGGCCUAUACAGCCAUGGAUUGUUUGAAGUUGGAAGGGAAAGAAAGACCUGGUAUGUCCGACAUUGUUGCCAAUUUGGAGAAGGCAUUUUCUCUGUGUGAGGAGGAGGAUAUUAGCCCUCAAGGAGAAGCAGUUAGCUUCUCUGCCACCACAUUUUCCUCUCCUACAGAUUAGAGAAAGAGGUUUUCACCUUUUUAUUUUCCUUUUCUUUUCGGAUCAGAAAUUGUAAGAAAGAUGGCUUCUUUCAAUGUAUAUUUUUAUUCUAUCC